AUGGCAAAAUUGACAAAAUAUAAACAUUUGAAAGUCCUUCACUUUGAUAAAACGAAAUUAUCUAAUAAAUCCACUCCUGUUGAAAUAACUUUAUUUGUAAUCGAUCAGUUCGAUACAGAUCUCGAUAUCAGCAACGUUAAAAAUGUUAAGCUGCUUCAGAUCCUUAAACAUAAUAGUUUUUUAUAUUCCAAUCGGCGAGACAUCCAAGACAAGACAAAACAAUUAACGAAAGAUCUCACAUACAAGGAAAUAAUGCCUGUUUUACGAAUUACUAAUGUAUUUUCCUCAGAAGAUUGUGAAUUUCUUUCAUUAAUCAUUCCUACUAAUCGUGAUGAAAAAGGAUUAAUGAUCAAUUUUAUUUUAUAUCAAUUCAUUUGCUGGGAGGCAGCAAGAGAAGCCACUAAUGAUUGUUCUGGAGGAGAUAUAUUACUACAUUCAAUAAAUUACACGAUUAAAAUAAUAAGAACCCAAGGAAUAGAAAGAUUAUUCAUUAUAAUUCUCGAAAAAUACAUUAAAUCUUCUAAUUUCACUCCAAAUAUUUCAUUAGUCGAUGAAAUUUUCAGUUUUUACAAGGAAUCAACAAUCUUCGCUAACGAGUACUCUUCCCUUUUUACUAGUAUUGUAAGUAAAUUCUAUUCUCAGACAUUUCCCGACAGAGUUUUGUUCCGCCAAAAAUUUUUAGCGUUAAUAUCAGAGAAAAAAGAUACAAUCGGCAAACCAACAAUAGAUUUCAUUAUUUCAUGCUUCAUGCCCGAUUUUAUUUUAAUGAAUUCCGAUUCUUACGACAUAUUUUCAGGAAUUUGCGAUUUACUUGACCCAUCCAAGGUUAUGGACGUUAUUCAGCAACUAAGCGAUAUACUUGUUUACAGCAUACGUGGUUCUAAUGUUACAAUUAAGAAAAACUCGAAUUAUAAAAAUUAUGAUUUUCGUUUAAUCAAAAUGGAGUUCAAUUUCAAACAAAUCAACGCUCUUGAUGAGAAAUUUACCGUAAAUAAUACUGAUUUUAAUACAGAAAUCAACUAUGCAUCUCCAAUUUUUAAUUCUUCAUUAGAUUCAAAGAUAAACAUAUUUAUUAAGAUGAUUAUUCGAUCAAAAAUACAUAUAUCAGAAUGUAUAUCAUACUUACGCUCAAUAAUUGGCAUUUCUACAACAGAAUCAACUGAUCAUAUGGUAGAAACUCUUUAUCUUGAGAUUUGUUACAAAAUACUACAAUACAAUGCAACGUUUAGUUCAUUAUAUACAACAUUUGUUAAGUCUUUCAUUCUAAAAGAAGAAUUUUUCGUAGAUGAAAAUCGAAAUUUCAGAAACAUGGUUUACAAACUAAUUUUCCAAGAUGAUAAUGCAUUAGUUCUAUUAACCAAACAAGCAGCACAUUCUCCAUUGAUGUUUAAAGAGGUUAUGUCAUUAUUUGCCGCAAAUUUUUGUAAUUCACAAGAAACUUUGACAAAAAAACAAUCGUUGUUGCACAGGGACAUAGUUACAGGAUUUUCCAACUUGUUGUAUCUAGUUAUACAAAGAGAACAAGGUAUAAUUGAAAUAACUAAAAGUUGUUUGACAAGUUUGCACUUUUUACUCAAAAAUCAAAAAGUAACAGAAUUUCUAUUCAACGAUAGCUCAUUCAAUUACAUGAUGAUCAGUUUUUCUAUACAGGAGAACUUGAGAGAGUUUGUUUUCAACGAGAUUUGUUCGAAUCUGUCAGAUUUACAUCAAAAUUUACUUUUGUCAAUUUUUAAUUUACUUGACAUUGUAAAGAUACAAAUGAAUGAAACAGUUUGCCAGCAGUACAUGAUAGACUUCCUGGAAUUCCUCGCGAGAAUAAUUGCGUUGAAUGAUGACUACAAAAAGAAAUUUACAACGUUUUGUCCAACACUUUUGGAUUUCGUCAAAAUUCCUUACAAAAAUGAUUUGUUCAAAGUUUUCUUUGUCAAAUUAUUGAAUUUUAUGUCACUUUUUCCGAACUUAUUAACGAUAAAUAUGUUCGAAUUACAAAUUUUGUCACUUUCCGUUCAAAAUUUGUUUGGAAAGGUUUUUGACAGAAAUCUGACAAUGUCACUUUUUAAUUUUUUGACAGCCAAUAGUAAUGAAAUAUACCAACCUAGUGUUGCAACAAUAAUAAUGCGGAAUUACACAGAUAUCGAGAGCACGAUUUUAAUUGGAAAAGAAAUUUUAAGGUUAGUAAAAUUUUCUGAACAAAAUUGUUUGCAGUUACAUAAUGCAGAAUUUGACAUUUUUAUAUUGGAAGUAUUGACUAGUAUAUGGGAAGAUGAUAAGAUAGAUGACAACUACUUCAAUUUAUUGAUGGAUAUCUUCAUAAAUAUUGCAAUUAAAGUCAGUUCACCUGUUAUCGUCCAAAAAUUUAUAAGUUUUUUGUGUCCUAAUGAUAAUUUAGUUGUUUCCAAACAUUUCUAUGAAGCAGUACUGACAUUAAAGAAAUUCUUCAAGUACCAAAAGAAUUUCCCGCCUGUUUCAAAACAGAAAUUACCAAAAAAACUGAAAUUAAAUAGAAAUUUGACGUUUAUUUUUAAGUCAAAUUUCCAAAAAGUGAAAAAUGAUUUGGUCAUUUGUGAAGUGAUUGACAAAAUGAAAACAGCUAUUUCUCUUUAUAUAAAUAACAGCGCUUUGUUUGUCAAAACAAUAACAGAUGAAAAAACUUCUAAUCAACAAAUCACUUCACAAAAUAUUUCUGAUUUUUCUGUCACUUUUUCAAUUGAAAUUGGCCGAUUAAUUUUAGUGUUUUUAUUUAAUGGAUUGCAUACAACAUUAAGGACGAGUAUUAUACCGAAUGAAGAAACGAAAUUGUUGUUUUAUCAUAAUAAUCUUAUUAAUUGUAAUUGUAAUUUUAUAAGAUAUUUUUUGUUGUUGUGUGAUGACGAUGAUUUGAUUGACAGAACUUUGAAAAAUGAUAAUGAUGUAUUCAUGGAAAUACAUGAAUCCAAAGAUUUAGUUGUGUUUAGUAAUCAAAUCAUUAAAUCACAACAGUUUUUACUUGAAAACUUUCCAAAUUUGUUGAUUUCAAAGGUGAAAUUGGACAUUUUAAUUCCUUUGUUUUUGUUCCCUGACAUGAAAAUCAAUGAUAAAAGAAUAGAAGAGGACAAAUCAUCUGAUGAAUCUAAUGAAGAAAUAAUUCCACAAACAAAUACAAUUGACAGCCAAAUUGUUCCAAAUAAUGACCAGAUUUUGGAUGAUUUCCAAGUCUCUGAAGAAGAAAAAUCAAAUGACAUAACUGUUGAUUUGGCUGACAGAUCUAUUCUAAAUGAUGACAAAUCAAACGAUGUUUCUAAUGACUCACAAAUAAUUGAAGAAAUAUCAAAUGAAGACGAAAUAGACAAUUCUACUAAAAACAAAGACAGUUUACUCAUUCAUCCUUCUAAUUCUAGCCAAAUUAAUAAUGAAAAUCAAGUUAAUAAUGUAAAAAUUAAUGAAAACAAGGAAGAAAAAGGUAAAAUUCAAGCAGAAAAACAAAAAUUCGAGAAAAUUCAAGAUGAAAAUGAAAAAGUUGAUGAAAAGAAAGAAGAAAAUGAAGUCAAAUCUAAUGAUAACAAAGAUUUAGAUCAAGAAAAUAAAAUUAAAAAUCAAAAAUCUCAACAAGAAAACCAAGUUAAAAAUGAAGAAAAAGUUGAAAAACAACCAAAUGAAUCUCAAACCAAAGAAAAUGAAGGAAAACAACUAAAUAAAGAUGAAACAAAAGAUCAAACUAAUAAAAAUGAAGAAAAUCCAGUACAAGAAAAAGAAAUUAAUAAAGAAAAUGUUUCUCCUGUAAAAAGUGACGAAAACCAUGAUAAAAUUAGAAAUAAGGAAGAAAGUUUCGAUGAAAGCGGAGUUUAUACAGAAGAAGUGAGUGAGACAAGGAGUUCCCAUUUCGGAGACAUUGACACACAGCCGAAGAGGAUGAGGAGAAGGAGAUUCCACAGAGAAGAAAAACCAGUAAAGAAAGAAAUAGGAAAUGUCUACCAAAUCGCAAUUUCUCUGCUAGAAAAAGCAAUUGAAACAGGAUAUUAUGCAGAGCCAAAUUUCGCUGAAUCAGGAAGUUUCGCAAUGAUCAACAACAUUUUAACAAAACACAAACAGUUCCUCAAUUUCGACGUCUACUUAAUGUUCUAUCAUUUCUUUGAGAAACUACAAACAACAGAGCUCCAAUCGCAAAUGAUAACAAACAUCAUUUUGAACAUAGAAUUAUGGUGUUCUUCUGAAUCAAGUUUCAAAAUUUUUGAUCAUUGGUUGAAUAUUUUUGUUGUAAGAAACAUGAGUUUAGUAACAACAAUUAUAUCUUUCCUUUCUUUCUUUAGUUCUAUUUGUAUUGUUUACUACAAAACUGAAGUAGAAUCUUCAAUUCUUCCUUACCAAGAAACGAAAAAUUCUUCAAAGAAAAUUUUAUAUCAAAUUUUGGUUGAAAUGUCACCUUUUUCAUUUACUUUUGAUGAUUUACAACAUAUCACUGAUUAUGUGUUGACAUGCAAGAACGAGAGUUUAUGUUUGGAUAUCAUUGACAUGAUCAAGAAGAUUUCUUUGUUGAAAAACUCUCCUUUCCAAAAAUUCUGCAAAAAUUCUAAUUUUUUGGCAGUUUUUUACAAAUACAUGUCAACAAACAACGGGAAAAUCAUUGCAGGAAUAUGUGAUAUCCUUAUCUACUUGUUAUCAAAAUAUUCUAACUCUAUAACAAUAACUAUUACAAUGUUUUCGUUUUUGUCACAUUUGGACGAUAGAGUUUUUGACAUGAAUUUAUAUGAUUGUUUUUCAAACUAUUUAUUUACUAAUAACGGAUGCUUCCUGCCUGUCUUAUGCUUCCUUUCCCAAAAAAUUGGUCACAAAGCAUCAGUUAGAACAAUUGAAUUGUUAACCCAACAAAAAGUGACAUUUGACUUCACUUAUUGGCCAAUUUUUCCAUUGAGUAUCAUCAAAUAUCUUCAAAUGACAGAUAUCAAACAGUUACUCUCUUAUUUGAUUGAUGUUUACGAUGAUUGGAUCUAUUUAUAUACAUUGGUUUCGAUUGUUGGACAUGUUUCUCUUCCUUCUGACUUUUUGGAGCCAAUUUUCUUGAAUUCCAUGUACGAAAAAUUAUAUAAGAAAGGAGAUAACGUAGAAAUACGUGAAAUUAACUAUUUUGCGUUCAUUAGUUUGCACUUUUUAUUCAUGAGAAAUCAAUGUUAUAAUAAUAUGGCACUUUUGUGUAAAAUUCAAUCGGAAAUUGGUCAGAUAGUCACUGACAUUGAAUGUGUGACAAAUUGUUUCCAAAUAGAGUUCCCAACGAAAAGAGCAGAAAAUACAAAAACCGUGUCAGAUUAUUUGACACUUUUUUCUGUUGAUGAAUCAAUAAUCAACAAAGUCAAGUUUGGAGUGAGAUUUGAUCAGAAUGGAGAUUGGAUUGAUGAAGAUUUGGCCAAGAAAAUCUGUAAGAUUUUGUUGAAAAAACAAACUGAUUUGGCAUUGAUUUUUAUUUUGUUGACUUCCACUUUGAUGAUUGGCAAAGAAGUUGGAUUUUUUACAGAAACAAUACAGAAUAUCAAGCUGCAAGAUAAAAUUAAUGAGAUUGUUGAGAACUUGAUUAACUUGUCACAUAUCAAAAUGAAAGUUAAAAAUUCAAAUUAUAAUUUUAACAUUUCAAAAAGUGACAAAAACUUUAAUCAUUCAAUUCAGAAGAGUUUUGAAGCUUAUGACAUGAUUGUUAAGAUAUUUACUAGUUUCCCAUUCAAAGUCAAAUCAGUUGGCGAUGAAAUUAGUGAUAUUUGGAUGAAAUCAGAACAAUUUUUAGUUGACAUUUUAGUUUCUUCAGUUAGCAAAGCUAAAAAAGUUGAUUUCAUCGAAAACUACAAGAAUCAGUUAGCCAAAGAACUCGAAAACAACCACAAGAUGUGGAGACACAAAUGGGGAUACAUGACACUCGAGAAGAGUGCUUGGGAGAAAGCAGUUCCUCUUCACAGACAUUUCAUGAGAGAUAAAACUUUGUGUUACGCAAUGUGUCCAUUUAAAUUGAAGCCAAAUUGGGAAUUUAAUGACCACAAAGAAGCAAGUGAAGCAAGAUUGGAUACAUCAAAAAUGGAGAACACAAAGAAUUACUUCAGAAAGGAUUCUUGGACAAAAAUUUCUCCAAAGAAAUUCAAUGAAAAUGAAGCGUCACUUUUUACAACAAAAAUUUUUAUUAUCAAAAUUACAAGAAAUUUUUCUGCUUUGUUAAGUUUACAUAAAAGUGACAUGACGAUAAAAUACGAUGAUGAACAAAGGAGCAUCAAAACAAUUUAUUAUAAUACUAUUGUUGGCAUUGAAAAACAGUGUCAUUUGCAUUUGCCAACAGCAAUUGAAAUUUUCUUAGAAAAUGGACAUCAAAUCUUUAUUAAUUUUGAGUCUCCUGAAGUCAGAGCAACAUCUUUGAAGUAUUUGACGCAAAGACUCAAAUCAUUUGUUUAUAGACCGUUUAGUGACCAAUUAAUAGAGAAAACAACGAAAUGGGUUCAAGGACAAAUUUCGAAUUUCGAGUAUUUAAUUUACUUGAAUUACUUGAGUGGCAGAUCUUUCAUUAAUCCAUGUCAGUAUCCAAUAAUGCCAUGGGUCAUUGAUGAUUACGAUUCCCAAGAAUUGGAUCUUUCUGAUAAAAAGACAUUUAGAGAUUUAUCGAAACCUGUUGGAGCAUUGAACGAAGAAAGAUUGGAAUUUCUGAAGAAUAACAUAUCAGAAUUGUCCGGAGAUUCAUUUUUGUAUGAGAACGGAAUGGGAUGUUCAUUAACUUUGUUUGGAAUGAUGAUAAGAAUGGAACCAUUUACAACAAUGCACAUUGUUCUUCAAAGUGGAAAAUUUGAUAUUGCUGAAAGAUUAUUUGCUUCAAUUAAAAACUUGCAUCAAAGUUCAUUACAUGACCAAAAUGAUUACAAAGAAUUAAUCCCUGAAUUCUUCUUUUUACCUGACAUUUUCUUGAACAAAAACAAUUUCAAUCUUGGAACAAUAAAUCAUGAUAAAAAUGAUGACGUAAUUCUUCCUCCAUGGUCUCACAACAAUCCCGUUGAAUUCGUCUAUAAAAACAGAAAAGCUCUUGAAUCCGAUUUCGUUUCGAAGAACUUAAACAACUGGAUUGACUUGGUGUUCGGAUACAAACAAAAAGGUGAAGAAAGCAGAAAAUGUGAUAAUACUUUUUCGCCUUAUUUGUAUGAUGACAUCUGGACAAAUGAAAAUCUAAAUGACCCUGUAAAGAAAAGUGAAAUCGAAGCGUCAAAAAUGUUUUUGGGCCAAAUUCCUCAUCAAAUUUUCACUUCACCUCACCCUAGAAGAAAUCCACAAACUGUUAAGACGAAUCCAAUUAAGUUUGACAGCGGAUCGACCAAUUUAUUGUUUGUCAAAGUUUGCCAAGAAAAAUCGAAUGUUUUCAGUUUUUACACUAUCUCGAAAAACCUCGAGUUUUCAAAUAAUGUCUGCGUUUUCGAUGGCGACCAAGUUCAGACGGAUUUGAGGAAAUUUAAGAAAAUUGAUAUGAACGAUACAGAUGUCACGUUUAUUUAUUUACAGAGCAACUUAUAUUUAGUAAAUACGAAGAAAAGUUGUUUUGUCUUGGAAACUGACAAUCUCCAGAAUUAUUUGACAGAAUUUUCUUCUCCUCUUCAAUGCCAAUCCGUCGACUCCAACUAUUUCACGACACUUAAUUCGAACUCAAUAUUGAGUGUCUACAAAACAGAUAAACUCGGAAGUUGUGUCUCGCAAACACCUUUCCACAGAGAUAUUGGCCGAGCAAUUUGUCUGUCAAAAAUUUUCAGAGUUGUCGUUGUUGGAUCUCGAGAUGGAGGUGUCGUUGUUCACAGUUUGGAUACAGGAAACUCUGUAUUUGUUAUUGAACUUAGUUUGUGCUCGAUUCUGUCUAUUGUUGUCACUCCUUCUUGGGGUUUCAUUGUUGUUUAUUUGACAAGAACUGUUGACAACAAAAUUGUUCAUUGCUUGAAUGUUCACACGAUAAAUGGACUGUUUGUAAAGGAAGAGAUAUUCCCAAGCAAGAUAGAAAUGAUGACAGCAUUCAAGAGCCCAGACGGAUUUGAUUAUUUGGCUGUUUCAUCAACUAAUGGAUUAGUUUUUAUUUCGGAUGUUUUCGAAUUAAAAUUCGAGAAAAUAUUUUACAAAAUGAUGUCGUCAGCUCUGUUCAUGGAAUACAGCCAGAAAUCACAGGCUUUGAUGCUGUUCAGUGAGACUGGAAGGUUUUUAUUGCUACAUGUCGACUUUAAUAACAUUUAA